AUGUCUGACGCAUCUCAAAACCUCAGCUACCAAGCUGGUGAGGCCACGGGCCAAGCUCAGGUCAAGAAGGAUGGGUUGAUGGACAAAGCAGCCAAUGCUGCCCAAUCUGCGAAGGAAUCAUGCCAAGAGGCUGGAGAGCAAUUGAAGGCCAAGGCACAGGGAGCUGUUGAUGCUGUUAAAGAUGCAACCGGGAUGAACAAAUGA